GUGAGUCAUACGAAAGCUCCAGCAUUACUGACCUCUGGCAAAAAAGGGAGUGAACGGGGACAGGAAAGGCAGAGAGGGAGAGGUUCAAGUGUGAGCUUUCUCCUUGAGCCUAGAAGAUUAUGGGUCAAGAGCUGUGUGCAAAGACUCUCCAGCCUGGAUGCAGCUGCCAUCGCUGUUGGGAGGGAGGCGAUGCACUCAGCUGUCAGAGGAGUGCGCCUGUAACGACGGAGGCUGCGAUUGAGCUAACAGACCUAAAAGAAGCAUCUUGUUCCAUGACUUCAUUGCACCCCAGGGGACUUCGGGCUGUCCAUGCCCGGAAGUUCAAGAGUAAAAGGCCACGGAGUAACAGUGAUUCUUUUCAGGAAGAGGAUCUAAGGCAGGGCUUGCAGUGGAGGAAGAGCCUCCCUUUUGGGGCAGCCUCAUCUUACUUGAACUUGGAGAAGCUAGGUGAAGGUUCCUAUGCUACAGUAUACAAGGGGAUUAGCAGAAUAAACAAGCAACUGGUGGCUUUAAAAGUCAUCAGUAUGAACGAAGAGGAAGGAGUCCCAUUUACUGCUAUCCGGGAAGCUUCUCUUUUGAAGGGUUUGAAACAUGCCAAUAUUGUGCUCCUGCAUGACAUAAUCCACACCAAAGAGACCCUGACAUUCGUUUUCGAAUACAUGCACACAGACCUGGCCCAGUACAUGUCUCAGCACCCAGGAGGGCUUCAUCCUCACAAUGUCAGGCUUUUCAUGUUUCAACUUUUGCGGGGCCUGGCGUAUAUCCACCACCAACACGUUCUUCACAGGGACCUGAAACCUCAGAACUUACUCAUCAGUCACCUGGGAGAGCUCAAACUGGCUGACUUUGGUCUUGCUCGGGCCAAGUCCAUUCCCAGUCAGACAUACUCUUCAGAAGUUGUGACCCUCUGGUACCGCCCUCCUGAUGCCUUGCUGGGAGCCACUGAAUAUUCCUCCGAGCUGGACAUGUGGGGUGCAGGCUGCAUCUUUAUUGAAAUGUUCCAGGGUCAACCUUUGUUUCCUGGCGUUUCCAAUGUCUUUGAACAGCUGGAGAAGAUCUGGGAGGUAUUGGGAGUCCCUACAGAGGAUACCUGGCCUGGAGUUUCCAAACUACCUAACUACAAUCCAGAAUGGUUCCCACUGUCUAAACCUCAAAGCCUUCAGCAUGUCUGGAACAGGUUGGGCAGAAUUCCCGAAGCUGAAGACCUGGCCUCACAAAUGCUGAAAGGCUUUCCCAGAGACCGCGUCUCCGCCCAGGAAGCCCUGGUGCACGAUUAUUUCAGCUCCCUGCCAGCUCAGCUGUAUCAGCUUCCUGAUGAGGAGUCUUUGUUUACAGUUUCAGGAGUGAGACUAAAGCCAGAAAUGUAUGACCUUUUGGCUUCCUACCGGAAAGGUCGCCACCCAGCCCAGUUUAGCAAAUGCUGGUGA